UUUAUUGAAAAUUUCCUGUUUUAAAUUGUAUUAAAAUGAUGAAUACUUUUGAUUUGAAUGAUAUCAGUGAAAUGGAACAGAUAAUUGAAAAUAUAUUUUCAUAUUUAACUUUGAGUGACUUAAAAAACUGUGCACUAGUAUGUAAAAGCUGGUUUAGAAUACUAAGCGACGAAAAUAACGACAUUUGGAGGUAUCACUGUAUCAAGCGAUUAGCAGAAGAAGUUUUAAAAUCAGAUUUGCUCUCAACUCUCACAACUUACAAAUCUAAGCUGAGAGCAUUUUACCACGCUUGGAACCCAUAUGAUUGCUCUAGAAAUAUCUAUAUUAAACCAAAUGGUUUUACAUUACAUAGAAAUCCUGUUGCACAAAGCACAGAUGCCUGUAGAGGAAAAAUAGGAUUUUUUCAGGGUCGUCAUACUUGGGAGAUUAUUUGGGAAGGACCACUGGGGACAGUGGCUGUUGUCGGUGUUUCCACCAGAGAUGCACCUUUACAGUGUCAAGGAUAUGUUGGCCUGUUGGGUUCUGAUGAGCAAAGCUGGGGUUGGAACUUAGUGGAUAAUCAUUUACUACAUAAUGGAGACACUCAAGGAUAUUAUCCUCUAUUGAAUAACUGUCCCAAGUAUCAAGUGGGAGAACGUAUUAGAGUUAUACUUGAUUGUGAAGCACAUACACUAUCCUUUGAAAGAAAUUAUGAAUUUUUAGGAGUGGCUUUUAAAGGCCUUCCAUUUAGAAAAAAGUUAUACCCUACAGUGUCUGCUGUGUACGGAAAUACAGAAGUGUCCAUGAUAUAUCUGGGCCCACCUAUAGAUGGAUAACAUGUAA